AUACUUGGGUGUAUGAGGUUGUACUGCAGACGAGUUACAACACCGUUGGCCUGGUGUAGGAUCAGUUAGGGUCAAAUUAGUGGAAUGGGGAGUUGAUAUAUAGGUGUAAAAAACAUUGGUGGUGCAAUGUUUACUUUUUUAUUUUUGUUUCACAAAACGUUACGUGAUCGACCACACACUACCGCACAGUAGGUGGCGGCAUGCACAAACAAAAUGUGUGAACGCCAUGACACCAAAGAAUAAGAGGUAAACGGACGUGAAGAGUGAGUUUCCACGUUAGUGUUUUUAUAGUCGAUAUUUAGACGUUUAUUAACACACUGAAAAUCAAAAUAUGACUACUUUAACUGCACAGAAUCACAUACUUAAUUCGCGUUGGAGACAAGACUUGAUAUUAUCUAGGUAACGAUAGCUAGCUGCUAACAAUGGCUAACUGUAACGUUAUGGUUUUUCACACUCAAAUAGCCUCCAUCAUGGAGGUGCUAGCGAGUGCAGCCGUGGCAGAUGUAUGUAAACUUGUAGACGACGACUAUGCAGUGUUUCGUUUGGAAAUAACUCAAAGCCAGAAAGAAAACAGGGCAUUACGGAGGAAACUACAGCUACUCGAACUGAAGGUGUCACGGGAGCGCGCAGAGAGGACAACGCAACAGCGCGUCGUCACCAGUCGUCCCAGAAGUGUCAAGAUUCCCGACCGAUACAAAGAAAUGGCAAGAGGACAUCUCACUGGAGGCCACAGGAGCUUUGUGAAGCCAGUGGGAGACAAUACAUGGACAGAUGACCAACCAAUCACUGUUGAUGAGGGGAGUGGAACCUCAACCCAGCAUGUUAUCGUGAUAGAGUCUGCAGAUUCCAAGGCUGCAGGUCCUGGGGUCAAGCAGGAGAGGACUGAAGGAGAGGACCCACGGCACAGCAGAGACAUCCAGACUGUUGCGGCUGUAGCCAUAGGGGAGAGUGGAACACUGAACGCCAUCCUUAGGUCAGAGACUUUAACUGUGACACAAAGGCUUUUACACACAGGAUCUGACGACAAGUCAGACACAGAGAGACUGGGGAGACUGGGCUGUCCUCCUGCUCCCGGCUCAGAGUAUUUACUUUACGGUAACCGAAGCCUGGUUCAUUCUCAUCGGGACUCAGGUGACACGUUACAAACUGGUAAUGAUCGAUCUUGUUCUUACGCUAUAGAGAUGGAACCUGGCAACAUAUCCUUAGAUUUAGAGACGCAUGCUGAUCCGUCUAGAGGGGACUGGAACCGGUACAGUAGUAGUGUAUACUCUGAAGGGUGCCUAGAUAAGAAAGGGGAAGGUCUGGUCUCAGAUGAAGUGACUGUGAAAGUGGAGGGCGACGUUCCUCCCACAUGGAAUGCAGCUUGUGCAGGGCUCUCACAGGGCAGAGAUUUCUUAGAUUACAGUUUAGAGACAAAUCUAAAUGUUGUGACCCACUCCCCUUUACACGCGUUUAGGGAUCGCGACCCAGUGUCCACGUCGAUGGCGCCUUCCGAUUUACAAGGCUGUGUCCUUUUCGAUCAGGUAUUGAAUUCAAACGACAGGGCUAGAGCCCAGGCUCAGGGAGGAGGAGCCACAUCAGGCAGUAGUAAAGAGAAACGCUUCCUCUGCAUGUUCUGUAACAAAGGCUUCAGCUGCUCCCAGAAGGUAGAGAUCCACCAGAGGGUCCACACAGGGGUGAAACCCUUCAGCUGUACUCAGUGUCACAUGCGCUUUGCCCAGGCUGGCCACCUGAAGAGGCACCAGAGGGUCCACACAGGGGUGAAACCCUUCAGCUGUACUCAGUGUCAAAUGCGCUUCGCUCAGGCUGGUGACCUGAAGAGGCACCAGAGAGUCCACUCAGGGGAGAAACCCUUCAGCUGCCAGAUGUGUGAGAAGAGGUUCUCCCGCCAGCACCAGCUGAAGAUGCACCUGAAGGUCCACACAGGAGAGAGGGCAUUCUCCUGAAGGCAUAUAUAGAUUUCUGUGUUUAAUAUUUCUGAAUAUUAUAUUGCAUCCAGACAUUGUGUAAUAAGGCAUACAUAUACACACGGAGAAUCAUGUAGUAACCCAAAAAGUGUUAAACAAAUCAAAAUAUAUUUUAUAUUUGAGAUUCUUUAAAGUAGCCACCCUUUGCCUUGAUGAUAGCUUUGCACACUCUUGGCAUUCUAUUUUGGUUACUUGGUAUUCUCUUUUGGUUAGUACUGUGCAUUCGGAAAUUUUUCAGACCCCUUGACUUUUUCCACAUUGUUACAUUACAGCCUUAUUCUAAAAUGGAUCAAAUGUUUUUCCUCGUCAAUCUACACCCAAUACCCCAUAAUGACAAAGCGUAAACAGGUUUUGACAUUUUUCCAAAUGUAUUACAAUUAAAAAACAGAUACCUUAUUUACAUAAUUGUUCAGCCCCUUUGCUAUGAAACUCAAAAUUGAGCUCAGGUUUAUCCUGUUUCCAUUGAUCAUCUUUGAGAUGUUUCUUGAACUUCAUUGGAGUCCACCUGUGGCAAAUUCAAUUGAUUGGACAUGAUUUGGAUAUUACUAUCUAUAUUCGUUCCCACAGUUGACAGUGCAUGUCAAAGCAAAAACCAAGCCAUGAGUUCGAAGUAAUUGUCCGUAGAGCUCUGAGACAGGAUUGUGUCGAGGCACAGAUCUGGGGAAGGGUACCAGUGGCCUCAUCAUUCUUAAAUUGAAUAAGUAUGGAACCACCAAGACUCUUCCUAGAGCUGGCCAUCCGGCCAAACUGAGCAGUUGGGGGAGAAAGGCCUUGGUCAGGGAGGUGACCAAGACCCCAUGGUCACUCUGGCAGAGCUCCAGAGUUCCUCUGUGGAGAUUGAAGAACCUUCCAGACGGACAACCAUCUCUGCAGCACUCCACCAAUCAGGCCUUUAUGGUAGAGUUUGCCAGACGGAAGCAACUUCUCAGUAAAACGCACAUGACAGCCCACUUGGAGUUUGCCAAAAUGCGCCUGGACUCUCAGACCAUGAGAAACAAGAUUCUCUGGUCUGAUGAAACCAAGAUUGAAAUCUUUGGCCUGAAUGCCGAGCAUCAUGUCUGGAGGAAACCUGGCACCAUCCUUACAGUGAAGCAUGGUGGUGGCAGCAUCAUGCUGUUGGGAUGUUUUUCAGCGGCAGGGACUGGGAGACUAAUCAGGAUUGAGGGAAAGAUGGAGAAAAGUACGGGGAGAUCCUUAAUGAAAACCUGCUCCAGAGCGCCUAGGACCUCAGACUGGGGCGAAGGUUCACCUUCCAACAGGACAAGGACCCUAAGCACACAGCCAAAACAAUGAAAGAAUUGCUUUGGGACAAGUCCUUGAGUGACCCAGCCAGAGUCCGGACUUCAACCCGAUCUAACAUCUCUGGAGAGACCUGAAAAUAGAUGUGCAGUGACGCUCCCCAUCCAACUUGACAGACAGAGCUUGAAAGGCUCUGCAGACAAGAAUGGGAGAAACUCCCCAAAUACAGGUGUGCCAAGCUUGUAGCGCCAUACCCAAUUAGACUCGAAGCUGUAAUCGUUGCCAAAGGUACUACUGAGUAAAGGGUCUGAAUAAUUAUAUAAGUGAUAUCAUUUUUUUUUUUUUUAUAUAUAUAAAUGUGCAAACAUUUCUAAAAAGCUGUUUUUGCCUUGUUGUUAUGGGGUAUUGUGUGAAGACAAUUUAAUCAAUUUUAGAAUAAGGCUGUAACGUAACAAUGUGUAAAGUCAAGGGGUCUGAAUACUUUCCGAAUGCACUGUUCAUUCUACAGACCUUAGUGAGUAUUCAACAAUUAUUUUACUGUGGCACCCAGAAUAGUUAAUGCUCUAAGCCAAUGUGUAUUCCAUAUACAGUGAUUCUCAUUGGGGGCAUUUAUUUGACCUUAAUGGAAAUGUCACUUAAAUAUGAACAAAUAAAUCAUUGUUAAACUUUUUAGACAAUUAUUUUUCAUAUGAGUGGUUGACACUUCUACUAUUACGUGGGGGACUUUUAUUCUGAAAAUCAACUUCCACGACACGGAGGUACUUUUUUAGUGUUGCUGACAUGACAUGUGAUGAGUUCACAAAUCAAAUGCCAACUUGUGCUGCCACUGGACAGAGAAAAACUUAAAUUUAACUUUUUUUUAGGUGGAGUUUGUAGUAAAGUGUUGAUUUAGAUGAAAUACUGUAGCUCCUUCCUAAAUCGUUAUUUCAAAUAAUUUUGGUGACUUGACAGCAAAUGCUAAUUAUUCUAAAUGUAUCUAGCUAGCAGGCUCAGCUAAAUACAAAUCCCCCUAUAUACAGCGACCUCAUGAGAUUUGUAAAUGAAAGAGGAAUAUAAUAAUACAAAUUGAAUGGAGUUUCCCCAUCUUCCCAUUUAGAGUUUCUGGCAGAGCACAGAAAUGCCCUUAUCCAGGAUGUGUGACAAAGGCAUUUCCUAACGGAUCUGCUAACAUUCUUUGUUGUUACAUUAAAGGUUGAAACCAACAAGCAGUACCUCGAGCAGGAAGAGAGGCAAGAACCAUUUGUCCGCCAGCUCACUGACAAGCUACACUAUUCACAGCCCUGUGUAAUGUUCAAUGUAAUUGCGUUAUUAUACUUUUUGAAACAUGUCUUUAAUGUGUAUUUGUUUUAGCUGUUAGUUAUAAUUCCCUAUGUGUUAAUACAUUUGUGUUCACAUCA